UUCAGUGACUGAAGGUGCGCGCUGCGUGUGUGCACCAGCGUUCAGUGCGCGUGCCUGUGACCAUCAUCAUCACCACCACCACCACCAACCAUCAUCAUCAUCAUCAUCACCACCACCAAGCAACAUCAUCAUGAUGAUGACACGCGUGCGGUCCGCGGUCUCCAACAUCAUCGGCGGCAUCAUGGCUUCGGGCUCCAGCGCGACCGAGUCUCCCGCGGAUCUCCCGGCCCGGUUCCGGUACAGCAGGCCGGAUUUCCUCGCGCUGUCCCCGGACGAGGUGGAGUGCUCUGCGGAUCACAUCUCCAGACCCAUCCUCAUCCUCAAGGAGAUCAAGCUGCCCUGGGCCGCCGGUUACGCGGAGGUGAUCAACGCAGGUAAAAGUGCCCUAAACGAGGACCAGGCGUGUUGUGAGGUGGUGGAGCUCAGGAAAAGACCCGCGGACCCGUCCAGCCCCAGUUACACUCCCACCAGGAGGCGCUCCUCUCUGCCCAGCGCUGACAUACUGGAGACCAUCGACAGCACGGAGGUGAAGGAGCUGGACUUCCACUACUGGGGUUUGUUCGACGGUCACGGUGGUUCUGGAGCGGCUGUUUUCGCAGCCAAGUUUCUCCACCUGCACAUCGAGGAGCAGCUCCAGGAGGUUCUGGAGAUCCUGCAGAACCCGUCGCUCCAGCCGCCCACGUGUUUAGGCGAGGAGAACCCCGUACACCACCUUCCCCAGCUCCACCUGUCCGCCGGAGGCUCCCAGCGAGGCCUGUCCCGGGCCGCCUCGCUCAGGGGGGCGGCGGGGGCCCCGGGGUCCCCGAACACAACGGCCCCGCGCUUCUUCAUGGAGAAGAAGAUCAAACAGGAGAGUCUGGUGGUGGGAGCCAUAGAAAACGCCUUCAAGGAAAUGGACGCUCACAUCGCUCGAGAGAGGUUGGUGUACUCGAUCUCUGGAGGAUGUACUGCGCUCGUGGUGAUGUAUUUACUCGGAAAACUGUACGUGGCCAAUGCUGGCGACAGCAGGGCUCUGAUCAUCCGGUCAGGAGAGAUCAUUCCCAUGUCCAGCUCCUUCACUCCAGAAUCGGAGCGUCAGAGACUUCAGUUCCUGGCUCACCUGCAGCCGUCACUGCUGGGAAACGACUUCACCAACCUGGAGUUCCCCAGAAGGGUCACGAAAAAAGAGGUUGGGAAGAGAAUGCUGUACCGAGACUUCACGAUGAACGGAUGGGCGUACAAAACAGUUCAGGAGGAAGAUCUGAAGUUUCCACUCAUAUACGGAGAAGGAAAAAAGGCUCGUGUUCUGGCCACUAUCGGCAUCACUCGAGGACUCGGCGAUCACGACCUGAAGGUUCACGACUCUGACAUCGCUAUCAAACCCUUCCUCUUGUGUUCUCCCGAGGUGAAGGUCUAUAACCUGUCUCAGCACGAGCACGGCGCUGAUGAUGUCAUGGUGCUGGCUACAGAUGGACUCUGGGACGUGUUGUCCAAUCAGGAAGUGGCAGAGGCGGUGUCUGGUUUCCUUGGAAACUGUGACCCUGAUGACCAGCACAGGUACACUAUGGCAGCUCAGGACCUGGUGAUGAAGGCCAGAGGAGUCUUGAGGGACCGAGGAUGGAGAAUCGCUGGAGACCGGCUGGGCUCUGGAGACGACAUCUCGGUCUUCAUAAUUCCUCUAAUGAACCGCAGUAAACAGCCUCAGCCGAGCUGACCAAUCAGGAGGCAGGGCGCCUACCGAAUGGGACUGACCCCGUCUCGAACACACCGCUCGGAUGCUCACACAGCGUCUUGCUGGAGUUUGUGGAACUCGCUCUGCGUUUGAGCUCAUUUACAACACGGACAUUUGCUUUUAAGACUUGAAAGUCAACAUCUACUGACUUUGAAGACCCACGUCAGCGUUCCCGACCUCCGCGUGGGAAGUUGGGAUCAGUAUAUAAGUUCUAACUUUGCACAAUGACUAAAGCUCUUUGAAGCUCUCGUGGACAGAUGCGCACCCACCGCAGUUUGUUUAUCCGCUCUCAUCUGGCAGCUAGGCGGAAACAACCGUGUUUUGUUUGUCCUUUCGGGAUAUUCAUUUAUCCUUUGAAUGUUUAGUUU